CCCUCCGCAACUUACACGGAGCCCUUGGUUACCGAACACUCGUUUUCGACACAUCUCACGCUCCCUUUCGCUUUGUGUGUUUCUUCUCCUCGCGUCUCCCAUUACACCGUCACCAUUGUCCACGAUAUGAUUCUACGAAGCAUCUACCUCCUGGCCGCUGCCAUCCUCCCGUUCACGUAUGCUGAUGUCCAAGUUGUCGCACCUGAAGCUGGGGACAGUAUCACCGGACUCAAUCUACAGAUACAAUGGAAAGACUCGGGCAACUCGCCGCCUAUCUCCCAACUGGCUAAUUAUCAACUCUUUCUAUGUGCAGGAGGCAACGACGAAUCCGACUAUAUCCCAAUAGCCACGCUUGUUCAAGAAGGAACCUAUACCACCGGGGAUUCAAUCACCAUCACCUUGCAACCGGGUACUGGCGCUGAUGUGCCAAACGCCUAUUUCCUGAAAUUCGUAUCCGCCGCUACAGGAGGCACCGUCAUCAACUUCUCCGACCGUUUCUCCCUUAAAAGCAUGACUGGCACGUUUCCGGCGGUGGUCCAGCAAGGUCUGAGGACUGUCACUGGCACUGCUGGCCCAGCCGACGUCAAUAAUAUCCAAGCACCCCAAGCGGGCGCUGGUCAAAACACCCCGUCUUCUGCUGGAGAAGGGGCCUAUAGCACCCCCUACACCAUGCAGACCGGGACAAUCCGCUACGCUCCCAUGCCUCCAAUGGCCCAAACAAAGAUCACUGCGAAGAAUGCCUCUCCUUUGUGGCCUACCAGCGCAUAUACUGUGUACCAGACCAUCGCCGGCACUCCAAAUGCCAUCACAACCAACACCUUGCCCCUUACGUUCACCGUUUCUAGCAGAGAGAAUCCGGUUGCUGCGGCCGGCCAGCCCACUGAUGCAGCGAUGCAGAAGUUCCUCAAACGGUGGAUGGACUGAAAAUUGACGAGAAGGAAUGUUAAAUCAUGAAAAGAUCGCUAAAUUUGAACAUGUGGCCGGCGCCGAAAUGCGAAUAAUCAGUCAUGCCGAGGAGAACGGAGUCUGGUUGGUUCUGGGUGUCCAUUAUGUGCAUUGUUUGCCGGUUCUGGCUGGAUGAGGAUGGAUUCUAUGUUUGCCUCCAACGCCAUGCUGAAAGAUUCAUGAACAAACCUGUUGGAGUAUUACAACAAUGUCACCGGUAUAUUUCAUCGAACGGUCUCGUAUCCCGAAAACAGCUGUCCCACACCUCAUUGACCACUUUGACUGCCUGUACGUCGUCUUUGCAACUUGGUCGACCCAUGACCGAGAUUAUUGCCCUUCUUCGAACGCAAUCCUGGUGGUGAUUCGUGAAAGAGAGGAUCUUGUUGCGGAAGAACUCGUUGGCCCACCGACAUUCGCCACUGAGAUUGCUGGCCCGAAUCUGCGUGAGCUCGUCAGCUUGAAAUGUCUUACCUCUUUGGUGGGAGACCAACCUCUGAACACGCCGCAUGUCUCAGAUCAUCUUCGAGGGUCAAAUUCGUCUUGAACCGCAAAUGGUCAUAUGCGUGGACCAUCUCGUGU